GUGAGUUGGCCGAGGGACCGGUCGGAGACUAGCAGACGGGGUGUUUCAACUUCCAAGUCUGUCUGCUUCAAGUUCUCACAGAAUAUGGUCGUGGAAGAAAUAUCUGAAGACCAUGCCGAGAAAGUCCUGGAUGUUCCUAUCGUCGAACAGACGCCAAAAGUUUUAACACUUGAAAUCCUUAAAAUUAUCAAGGAUGCCCAACAACAACAUGGCUUACGUCAUGGUGACUUUCAGCGGUACAGAGGAUACUGCUCCCGACGCAUUCGGAGACUGCGCAAGGUACUGCAUGUUACCCAGGCUGAGAAGCGUCACUUCAAGAAAAAGGAAAUUACUGAAGCCAUGGUGACAGAUGAAAAGUUCCUUUAUGUUCCACUUAUGAUGUCUGAACGUUGCUGGAGUUAUGCCAUGCAAUUGCGUCAGGAAUCAAACACGGAACCUAGGAAAAAGUUUCACCACAUCAGCCGUUUACGCAAAGCAACUGUUUUCUCCUUGCAACUUCAGAAACUUUGUGACCUACCAAUCUGUGAUGCUCGCACUAAGCUGGAAGCUCAGGCAUAUGUGGCAUGGAUCCAUGGGUCCUUGCAUUUCGAACUGCAAAUGUGGAUACCAGCCAUGGAAAACUUGAAGAAGGCGCAAAUGGUUUAUGAAAAGCUGGCUGAGGCUCUUCCUGAAGAGGACAGCCCACUCUAUCUGCAGCGUGUUGAAGAACUAGCACCCAGCUUGCGUUUCUGUGCCUAUAACAUUGGUGAUGAAACGGCAAUUGAUGAUCUGCUGAAAAUGCGUAGUCAGGGUCAUGGAGAUCUCAUGACCAAUCUUGAUACUCUCAUGGUUCAAACUCGUGAGAAACAUGCUGGUGAGCUCAGCACUGUUGAAUGGCGUGGAAGAAGUGUGACCGUUCGCCCGGAAAGGGCUCGAAUCUUCUUGUUAUCAGAAAGGGACACGGAUCAAGCGAUGAAGAAUGCAGUUGAUAUCCCAGGACGCAUUGAAAUUUUGGAAACUUUAUUAAUGGACUGCAAAGAUGCCAUUGCAGCUGUGAAAGAUGAAAUGAAACAGGAUCCUACCACCAAGAACCGUGUGGGACCAUCAGACACUGUCCAUCCUCUCCAAUAUUUGCUGACCUACUUGCUGCAUAUUCGCCUGACUCGUACUGUGCAGCGAAAUUUACUUCUUGUGGAGCAAGCUAACUGUGAGAAUGGAGCUGAGAUGAAAUCGAAGAACCAUCUUCAAGACCUUACUCGUCUGUAUGAAAUUAUCUUGCAAAAUCUUCAAGAAAUGCAAACCCUUCCUGGUCUUGAAGAGGAUGCUGCUUAUCAGAAGGAAGUAGAAGCUAAAAUGACAACUUAUAAAGCUUUCAGGUGCUUCUACAUAGCUCAGAUUUUGGUGGGACUUCGGAGGUGGAGAGAAGGAAUGGCUCUUUACCAGCGGUCUGAGCAAUAUGUGAAAGAGGCUCUUAAAACAUCUCUAGAGCAGAAACCACAACUUGAAAAAUUGAAGAAAGACAUUGAAGGCUGCAAGUUCUCUGCUCAUGCUCACAGCGUUUUGGAAGGUGAAGACACAGAAGGAGAAUCAUCCCCUAAGGGGCCUAAAUCGAGAAAGCCGCUUGCAGAGCGCCUUGGAGAAUAUCGCGAAGAUCCCAGCCUUACUUCAAAGUCUCCAAAUGUUUAUCGUUUGCCCCCUGAUAUGAAACCUAUUCCAUGCAAGCCACUGUUCUUUGAUUUGGCUCUUAAUUGGGCUGAGUUCCCCUCUUUGGAAGAUAAACUUGAUGGAGCUGCAAAGAAAGGACAAAGCAAUGCUGGCCUUACUGGCUUUGUCAAGGGCUUCCUGGGAUGGGGUGGUUCAAAAAGCUAAAAGUCCUCACACCACCAUUUUACUUAAUAUCUUUGAACUUUCAUUGUACUGCCAAUCCACAAAAUGUAUUUUGAUUUUCUUUUCAGUUUUAUGGGUUUAAGGUGUGGGGUUAACAAUUGUUGGGCAUGUGAAUGAUGCAUUGAAAUGUCACUCUUUGUAAUUUUUGUAUUUGGAAAUGCAAGGAAUAAAGUAAAGAAUAUAGAAA